CCAUGCAGAAUAUCGUAUGAUCCCACCAGAUACCCCAAGUACAUUCCCGAGGCCUACUGCCUGUGCCGGGGCUGCCUCACGGGCGCCUUCGGCGAGGAGAACUUGCGCUUCCGCAGCACGCCCGUGUACAUGCCCACCGUGAUCCUGCGGCGCACGGCCGCCUGUGCCGGUGGCCGCUACGUCUACACCGAGGACUACGUGACCGUGGCCGUGGGCUGCACGUGCGUGCCCGAGCAGGACAAGGAGGCUGAGGGCACCAACUCCAGCAUGGACAAGCAGGAAGCGAAGCUGCUCGGCAGCCAGAACAAGCCGUCGCCGGAGUGA